AUGAGGUUACUGCUUGGAAGAUGGAUAGCGCUGGUCGCAUCGACCUGUCUCGCAUCGGGCGCUCAGGAACCUCUCUUAUUAUCGACAGCAGGGAAGCAGCUGAUCUUGAAGGAUGACCUCAUUGCUUUUCAUAAGAAUCUCACCCAGAUCGAGUCCAUCUCUGGCAACGAGAAGGAGGUUGGCGAGUGGCUGCUCGCCAGUCUGAAAGCACAAGGCUACCACGUUGAGAAGCAAGAAGUGCAGAAGAAGCCGGAGAGAUUCAACGUGUUGGCUUGGCCAGGCGAGAAGAGGGACGCCAAAGUGGUGCUGAGUUCACACAUUGAUACUGUCCCUCCCUUCCUCCCGUAUAAAUACACUUCCAAUGGAUCCCACUCGACCAUCUUCGGCCGCGGCUCCGUGGAUGCCAAAGGAAGUGUGGCCACUCAGAUCAUCGCCGUAAAUGAGCUUUUGUCCGCCGGAUCCAUCAACCCAGACGAUGUAGGCGUACUUUUCGUCGUGGGCGAAGAAGUCGGAGGAGCAGGUAUGCGUGCCGCCAACAAUCUGGAUCUCCACCCGCAAGCGAUCAUCUUUGGCGAGCCGACAGAGGGCAAGCUCGCGUCUGGCCACAAGGGCAUAUUACAAAUCGUACUCAGCGCCAAAGGUAAGUCUGGACACAGCGGAUAUCCGUGGCUAGGUCGGAGUGCGAAUGAGGUACUCGUUCGCUCCCUCGGAGCUUUGAUCAAUCUGGGCGAGAAGCUCCCCAAGAGCGAUAAGUAUGGUACCACCACAUUCAAUCUCGGACGCAUGGAAGGUGGCGUUGCUGGGAAUGUGAUUGCCGAGAUGGCGAACGCCAGCGUUGCAGUGCGUAUUGCUGCUGGAGAACCGGAGGAGGUCGAGACAGCCGUCACGAAGGCCAUCCACCAUGCAGUGCAAGAGUUCCUCGAAGAUGGCAAGCUCGAGGCGGAGGAUGUGAUCGACAUUGACUUCAGUGGGCAAGGCUACGGGCCCAUCGCCAUUGACGCGGAUGUUCCUGGUUUCGAUGUCUUCACGGUGAAUUACGGGACAGAUAUUCCGUGGUUGAAGAAGACAGUCGAGGAUCAAAAGCGGUAUCUGUACGGGCCUGGUUCGAUUCUGGUGGCUCACAGUGCGAACGAGGAGAUCUUGGAAAGUGAUCUAUUUGCCGCUGUGGAAGAUUACCAGAGGAUCAUUCUCCAUGCGCUGGGCAAGGGCGAGGAGAAGAAGUGA